AUGGACAGGAGGACAAGAAAGGACACAGGUCCCCCUCAGGAACAGGAGUUCAAGUCUUCACUGGACUCUGAUGGGGCCACGCAGGAGGCCGCCCCGCUCCUGUUUCCCGACGGCCUCCGGAGUCCCCGGGGAUCCAGUGCCCGGCACUCCCGGGCGAUGUGCCCCCUCUCCCCACAGUGGUGGCAGAUGACCAGCUGUCGUCGCUCCACCAGCAUCGCCGCGCUGGCCGUCUCCUCCUCCCCAUGUUAUGGGUUCGGUAAUAGGGACCAAACCAGUAUUUCUGUGCAGGGCCCCAGGGAACCUCUAGUGGCCAGGCCUGGGGACGAGGUGCUGCUGCCCUGCUCUGUGGACAGCACUGUCCCCCUGCAGGAGCUGGAGGUGGAGUGGAUGAGGACAGAUCCAGACACCCUGGUGCUCCUGUUCUCCGAGGGGGAGAGUAGGCCAGAGUCCCAGCACCAGCGCUACCGGGGCCGAGCGGAGAUCUUCCCUCAGGAGAUUCCCAGAGGAAACUUCUCUCUGUGGCUGGCCAACAUCUCGGCUGAAGACACAGGAGUGUACAGGUGUGCUGUCCACAUGGCGCAGGGCUCCGGUGAGACCACAGUGGAGCUGAAGGAACAGGAGCGUCUAGUUGUGACUGGAGCUGAUCGUGCUGUUGUGUCCUACCCUGGAGGGGAGGUGGUGCUGAGCUGCUCUGUGGACACGAAUGUCCCCCUGCAGGAGCUGGAGGUGCAGUGGAUGAGGACAGACUCUGAAAUCCUGGUGCUCCUGUUCUCCGAGGGGGAGAGCAGGCCGGAGUCCCAGCACCAGAGCUACCGGGGACGAGCGGAGCUCUUCCCUCAGGAUAUUCCCAGAGGAAACUUCUCUCUGCGGCUGAAGGACGUCAGGACUGAAGACAAGGGGGAGUACAUGUACAGAGUCCACACAGACUCGGGUUCCGCAAACACGACAGCAGAGCUGGAACAGCUGAGGUUUUCCACAGCUCACAUCUGGAUCCUGCUUCUGGCUCUUUCUGCACUGAGAGUCGUGAUCCUGACCAGUGUGCCAACAUGCCAGUUUUUGCUCAAGAAACGUGAGCUCAACUUGUGA